UAAGCCGGAAACACAUUGAAAAGUAUAUACAUAGGCAAUAGGAACAGGAAAUCACGAAUUUCAACCAAACGAAUGUCAGAAACCAAAGGCGUGGACUAAAUGAACUGUGCGAUCCGUGUAUCAAAAUGGUCGAUAAAGCCUAGGGAUUGCCACACGAGACGCAGCCGGUCGUUGAACGUCGUGAUCAGCCGUUUUUUUCCCGAUCGAUUCGUGUAUGCGCGAAUAAUCGGAGAAAUGAAGCAGGAAAACAGUGACUCAGCUUGCAAUGGGUAAAUAUUUCCGGGGAAUGGAAUGGCCGAUGAGGAGACGGCGAAUCAACUUGAGGACUUGGAACCUCGCGAGGAUGCGGGACCGGCUCUCGUGGUACAUGGUCUUCUUGAUUCUGCCGACAAUCCUUUUGGCCAGGUCGCUCGAUAAAGAUCGACGCGUGCCCUACAACAUCCCGUCGGAUUGGAAGGCCCUUUGGUUCAGCAAUCUCGACGAACUGCAGAGAGUGAACGAGGCGAACGACAACAACACCGUUUCUAAUGUCACGGUACAAUUGGGCGGCACUGCCUUCCUGCACUGCAAAGUUCGCAAUUUGGCGGAGAGGACCGUUUCCGAUGCCGAGAUAUCGUGGAUCCGGCGACGUGACUUUCACGUUUUAACAAGCUCGAUGUUCACAUACACGAACGACGAGCGAUUUCAAGUACUACAUCCCGAGGGCUCGGACGAUUGGACCCUUCAAAUAAAAUACGUCCAAGAAAGAGACAAUGGGACGUACGAGUGUCAGGUCUCGAGAAGUGCAGGGAUACUGUCACACUUUGUCAAUCUAAAUAUAGUGAUACCAGAGGCGUUUAUAUUAGGAAGCGACGAGCAUCACGUCGACGUAGGGUCUAUCAUAAAUCUCGUGUGCAUAAUAGAGAAGAGCCCAACGCCGCCGCAAUACGUGUUCUGGUAUCACAAUAACCGGAUGAUAAACUACGACACCACGCGCGGCAGCGUGACCGUACAAACCGAUCCAGGACCAACUCAAAGCCGACUGACGAUUCGCCAGGCAGUGGAGACGGACACGGGCAAUUACACGUGCAGCGCCUCCAACACCAAGCCGGCAUCGAUCUUCGUCUUCGUCACCGAAGGUGACAAGAUGGCAGCGAUACAGCGUCGCAAAACGUCGGCAGCGAAGAGGAAUCUGGCGGGCGUGCUGGUACCGGUGGUACUCGUCGUAGCUGGCGUCGUUUUAGCGCGAUAAGCGUUUUACUUCGAAAAUGUCCAUAACUAUUACGUCAUUACUUCCGUUUGUGAUAGAUAGGAUAUUACCCUUCCUCCUCCCCUCCUCUCUCUCUUCCCCUCCGGGACUUUACGGUCCGCUCAUCCUCCCCCUCCCUUCUUUUUCAUCUUUUCCAGCAACCCCCCAGGCUCAUACCCUCUCCUCAUCCAUUACUCGCGGGUCUCCUUUCCUCCUCAAACCACACUCCCGUCUUCCAUUCCAUCUUCCAACCUCCCUUCCCUCAUCCUCACCCUCGUCCCUCUUAUUCUUUAUUUACUUUAGUCGAAGUUGCCGCCGGCUGGACUACUUAGAUAUGCGAGAUUUUCGUGGAAGAUUGCGCGAUUGCCUGCUCCAAGUCAUUACGCGCGACGCGCAUGCGACUCGAAUUAUGUAAAUACUGCCCGGGUCGAAUACGCCACGACGAGGCGGAUUACGUUAGGCAAGGCCUGUCCAACUUCCGGGGCACCGAUUUGCUGAUCGUCCGUUUUCGACAGACCAGAUUUCAGGCCGGUCGGAUGGAAAAUUCACGCGGUCAGUGCAAACGAAUCGAUUGUGUCGCUAACAAGGUGAGACUACGUAUUUCGGAAAUCGAAAUAAUUGAUUAGAUGGGUUCCAAAAGCACAGACCCGUAGAUGUGUGCAUGUGUGAUACAAAUCUAUGCGUCAUAUCUGUUACAAACACUGCCCUUCCUUUAAGAACACUUUUUACAUUAUUUACAUUUACAAAUAGGACAGUCGUCAUCCUCACAAUUUUAAUUCUUGUACUUGCGUGUUGUGAUUCCGAAAUUAUCGAUUUAAACAAAAAAUGACCAAGUAGCGUAUAUAAACCGAGAUUUGAUAGUUUUUGGGAAUGUGUCGCUCAAGUGAUUUUAAACAGAAAUCACCAUUUGAUACAAAUCCGAAUUAGAACAGCUGCAAUAAUAAAAUCUAGGUAUUCGAAGAUUAUUUGAUAUCAAAAAAAACAAACGACUGGAUUCUUCGUUUAUUUCAAAGAAAUAACAUUCGGCUCAAGGAUUGAGGCUCUCUUCGAAUAAAUUAUACAUAUAAUAACGACUUUAUAAGAUUCACGAUUUUACAGUAAUAUAAACGACGCAAUUUUAAUUAUAAGAUAAUGCAAUAAGCAUGAAAUCGACUGGUUUGUACAUUAUU